AUGUUAUCUUCAUUACUAUCUUUCAUGGAAUCAUCCAUUUUCUUGAAGCUUUUCUUAGCUCUCUCCAUUGUCUUUCUGGGAUUUUCUUCUUCUUCUUCUUCACCUAUGUCUUCAAGAGAGCUUGAGGACAUUACCUUUGAAUAUCGAAAUUACACUGCAAUAUCUGAAUUUCGAUUGCUAAAUCGGAAAAAUAAUUUUUAUUGUCCCGAUUCAAAUCCAUAUCUUAAAAUCAACAUUACAUCAGGUCCACAGCUUUCGGAUGAUCAAUUUGUCACGGUUAAUAUUAGUGGAGUUUUACUUCCGGCCAAGAAUCAUUGGGUUGCUAUGAUCUCCCCUUCUUAUGCCGUCAUAUCAGCCUGUCCCUUGAACGGAAUUCAAUAUCAGCAGACAGGUGACCUAAGCAAACUUCCACUUGUCUGCCAUUACCCCGUGAAGGCACAAUAUGCAAGCAAUGAUCCAGAUUAUUUGAGUUGCAAGAAAAAUGAAUGCAAAAAAUAUGUGGAUGGGGAGUGCGUAGUUAGCACCUGUGGAGCCACUCUAUCAUUUCAUGUUAUUAACAUCAGAACAGACAUAAAAUUUGUCUUCUUUGCUGGUGGAUUUGAGACUCCUUGCAUCUUGGCCAUGUCUGAUUCUGCUAGCUUUGUCAAUCCCCAAAAACCUUUAUAUGGACAUCUCUCCAGCAUUGAUUCAACAGGAACAUCUAUGAGAGUAACAUGGGUAAGUGGAGAUGACAAGCCACAAGAAGUUCAGUAUGGAUUUGGGCAAUCCCAAACAUCUCAAGUGACUACAUUUACUCAACACGACAUGUGUAGUUCAAUUCUGAAGAGUCCAGCAAGUGAUUUUGGCUGGCAUGAUCCAGGCUACAUUCAUUCAGCAGUGAUGACAGGACUUUAUCCUUCAAGCAAUUUCACUUACACAUAUGGCAGUGAUUCAGCUGGUUGGAGUGGUCGAAUCACAUUUAGAACACCACCAGCUGGGGGAUCAGAUGAACUAAUGUUUAUUGCCUUUGGUGAUAUGGGCAAGGCCCCUCGUGAUCCUUCUCUUGAACACUUUAUUCAGCCAGGAUCAAUUUCAGUAAUUGAGGCCAUAGCUGAUGAAGUAUCAAGUGGAUAUAUAGACUCCAUAUUUCAUAUUGGAGACAUAAGCUAUGCCACAGGUUUUCUAGUGGAAUGGGAUUUCUUCCUUCACCUCAUCCACCCUGUGGCUUCUACUACUUCAUACAUGACAGCAAUUGGAAAUCAUGAGAGGGAUUAUGUGAGCUCAGGAUCAGUGUAUAUCACUCCAGAUUCUGGAGGAGAAUGUGGUGUGCCCUAUGAAACUUAUUUUCCAAUGCCAACAGCAGAAAAAGAUAAGCCAUGGUAUUCUAUAGAACAAGGAAGUGUUCACUUUACCGUUAUUUCAACCGAACAUGAUUGGACAGAAAAGUCUGAGCAAUACUUUAGUGGUAUGAAAUCCCUGCUGAAAUGCAUCACCAAUGUUCUUCGUGUUCCUGCAUCUAUACACAGACCUAUGUACUCCUCCAAUCAUGGCCUUCUCCUUAAUCCAAAUGUGGACAAUAAUUUUGUCCAAGCCGUGGAACCAUUGCUGUUAGCAAACGAGGUUGAUCUAGCCCUUUUUGGUCAUGUUCAUUAUUAUGAGAGAACAUGUGCUGUGUACAAGGGUGAUUGCAAAGCUAUGCCCAAGAAAGAUGAAAGUGGAAUUGAUACGUAUGACAAUUCCAACUACACUGCACCAGUUCAUGCUGUUAUUGGGAUGGCUGGCUUUACAUUAGACAAAUUCCCAAGUGAUGUGAAUAGCUGGUUAGUUCGUAUCUCGGAGUUUGGUUACGUGAGAGUCCACACAACACAGAAACAAUUGAAACUUGAGUAUAUAAAUUCAAGUACAAGAAAAGUUGAAGAUAGCUUCAGGAUCAUCAAAAAAUACAAAAAUCUCAAAGAAAAUAAUUUAUUGAGUUUUUCGGUUACACUUGUUCUUCAUAAAUAUGUAAUGGCUAUAGCGAUUAUAACCUUUAUAUUGAUAUCAAUUUGA